UUGCAUGUAACAGCAAGAGUGUGUCAAUUACUUUUGGUAACAGUUAACACUCACACAUACACAGACAUAAUAAUUGUCACACUUAUGCAAUUAUGGAAGAAUCAUGCAUCAAAGCAUAAUACAUAUUACACUCUAUUAUCCAAGGGCAUUGUUGACAGCAUGAUGUGGCUUUAUUUGCAAUCAUCAAUAAAAAAACAAAAGGACAUCAAUGAAAAGGAUGCUCUUCUUCAUGCUCAGAGAGUUAUGGUAGAUGUUCAAGACUCAAGAUUUCAUUGGAAAAGCAGCCUAGCUAGCAGCAGAGUCAGCGCAAUACAACAACUGAGUUGAGCUCACCCCAUUCAUGCAUGUCAUUCAACUAGUUAUUAUUAUUGUUAUUAUUAUUAUUUUUUUUUAUAGCGAUCUAAUUGAUAAUCAUGGUGUGUGCAUACGAGUGUUAGGUGAUAUUAAAUUAUUACCAACUGAUGUACAAGAAUCAGUAGCAAGAGCUGUGACAAUGACUAAAAACAAUAACAAGGUAUAUCUUAAUGUGUGUUUCUCUUAUGCAUCAAGAUAUGAAAUUACUGAUACUAUACAGUCACUGGUUGAUGGAUCUCAUGAUGGUACUAUACUACCAACAGAUAUCAGUGAAGAGUUAAUGGAGAGAUGUCUUUAUACUGGUACAUGUACACCACCUGAUCUUGUCAUUAGAACAUCAGGAGAAGUGAGAUUAAGUGACUUCCUUAUAUGGCAGAGUUCUUAUUCUUGUCUCUGUUUUCAAGAUGUGUUGUGGCCAGAGUUUUCUGUUUGGAAUUUAUUCUCUUCGAUAUUAGCAUACCAACAGAAUUACAAUAAUAUAAAGGUAGCAAGAGAGUACAUGUACAUUGAGAGGAAGGACAAGCAGUAUAAAUCAGACAGAGACUGUGCAUUAGUACAAUAUUAUAAAGAAAGAGGAGGAGGAGGAGGAGAAGGUGAACUAUCAGAA